UGUAGAAUAUGGCUGUAAUGUAACAAAAUAUGGAAAAGUGGUCUUAAUACUUUCCGAAUGCACAGUAUAUGAACAGAAAUGUAAAACACUCUGUUUUAUAGCAUUUUCACUUUAGUUCACUUUAUAUCACAAACUGAUUACAAAAAAGAAAUAGUAGCAUGGCGUAAAAAAGAAAAACGUGGGUGGAAAGUAGACAAACUGUACUAAAGUGAAACAUCAAGCAUGUGUCUGCUCAAGUCAAGAUCUCGGACAAGAUAGAGGAAAGACUACAGUACCUGUUUUAACUAGUGUCCAAACACACCUAUACACUGUCUGUUUGACAGAUCAUAUGUCACCCAAUUAAAGAGCUGUGAAUAAGUACAUUUAAGUACAGCCCUAUUAUAUACAGUACAAAGGUGAAGUUAUCACACUGAUCACUACAGUGAGUAACACUUUUUCAAGGGAGCGUGUUAAGGUUAAAAGUGUUUAUUUGUUUCAUGCAAAAUACCUGAAGAACCUGGAAAUGUGAUGUUCUGUCUUGAUGCAAAUGCACAAAUUAAAUGGCAUGCAAAGGUUAAUGCAAAAUACUGGGAGUAUCCGGGCUGAAUACAAAUAUGCAAACGUCAUAGAGAGAGAAAACAUAAACUUUCAACUGUCACACUUCAACUCCAAUUCCAACUUAACCUUAAGAUUAUAAUGGUAGAAGUAUGCUAAUAUUGACUUUGGAAAAUGUUAAACAACUUGUACUAACAGAGUGGUAUCGGCAGCAGAAAAGGACAGGAGAGAGACAAACAGGUUUCUGUUGAUUUGCCACCUGACACCUGAUUUUCCUAAAUAUUAUAUGCCUAUGAAAUGAAGACACCACAGGAACUCAUCAAACACACACAAGGCCACCUGUGAGGUUUCACUGUCUUAUAUAAACUGUGCAAAUUAUGCAUGUGGUAUUAAAGCGCUCAUCUCUUCUAACCUCCCCUAACCACACACCAUACUGACUAGGCCUAAUCAGCCAACCACAAGCUAAUGUCAGGGAAAUACUCUGGAAAAGUCUGACAAGAACCUGUCACCUGGUAAUUUCCAUAUGUUUGUGUCUUGUUUCAAACAUCUUCAAUGUGUACCACAAAUGUAAAUGCACCUCCGGCAUCAUGUUGAAAGCAACGGCACACCUGUGGUGAGGCUUGUACUCUGGCACAGGGCAGCCUGGCCCCACAUCCUUUAUUCACUACCCAUCAUAACACAGGAGACACAGGAGGUACAGACAGACUGAGAGUACAGCUCUCCCCAUCGACUCGCUGGACUGUGAAGGUAUUCGUACAGGUGAGCUUCUCCAUUACUCUGUAACUGGUUGUAUGGCAAAUUACCUUUCUCUUGCAGCAUCAGCUGACUCCUCACUUUCUCCUGGCCUCUGUCUCUUCUUUCUCAGUCCCUCUCACCCUUUCUCUUUCUCUCAAUGCAUCUUUCUACACUGGCAUUCACCGAUGCCUGCUUUAAGUUCUCUGUGAUGUUUGCCAUGACCCCUAGCCUGUCUCCCUGCCCUCAGCAGCAUGGUGGUGCCAUUGAGACUGCUGGUUCUAUGCUGGGUGUUUGGAGCAGGUUGUAGUCAGAGCUCUCCACCAUGGUUCCAGAACAUCACUACCAACCUGUUCAACUCCUCAGGAGACAUCCUCCUCGGGGGGCUCUUCCCCAUUAACGAGCUCACCAGCAACCUGAGCUACAGAGUAAAGCCGGACAACAUUAGCUGUGACAGGCUGGGCUAUGAGAUCUUCGACACCUGCAAGCAGUCUGCCGUCAUCGUGAAGCCCACUGUCCUCUUCCUCACUGAGGACUCCAGCCGAGAGCUGGCCGUCAAGUGUAACUACACAGACUACGUAUCCCGUGUGGUGGCUGUCAUCGGCCCAUCCACCUCAGAGAUGGUCUCAGUUAUAGGACAACUACUGGGAUUCUUCCUCAUGCCACAGAUCAGCUACCUCGCAACUAGUGACAAGUUCAGUGACAAGAGUAUGUACCCAUCGUUCCUGCGCACCGUGCCCAGUGACAAGAGGCAGGUGGAGGCCAUGGUGCAUCUGCUGAACAGGUUCCAGUGGAACUGGGUGGCCGUGGUGGGCAGUGAGGAUGAGUAUGGACGCCAGGGCCAGCGCCAGUUCUCCACCCUGGCAGCAAAGAGCUCCAUUUGUGUUGGGUACGAGGGGUUAAUCCCUACCUACAGCGACCCACAGCCAGUGGUCAGAGAGAUCCUGGACCACAUCGCAGAGACCAAGGUGGGAGUGGUGGUGGUCUUUUCCCUCUCCCAGCCUGCCAGAGCCUUCUUCACUGAGGUGAUCAGGAGGAAUCUGACAGGGGUGUGGGUGGCCAGCGAUGAUUGGGCCCUGCACAGAGACGUAUCAACUCUCCCAAACAUCCACACUGUGGGCACUAUCAUCGCCUUCGCAGUCCAGAGCCAGACCCUGACCCUGCUCACACCCUACACCAGGGAAGUCUUCUCCAGGAUCAGAGAGGAGAUGGCCAGGCAGUCCAUACAAGGUCCAGAUACAGAGUCAACCUAUGGUAUGAACCAGUGCCCAGACUGCUGGAACCUGUCCCCAGACAACAUGAGUCUAGUGACAGAGCCCAUACUGCAGAGGACAGCUUUCAGUGUCUAUGCUGCCAUCUACAGUGUUGCACACGCACUGCAUAACAUGCUCCGGUGCAAUGCCAAUAGCUGCCUUAGGGGCGCUAAAAGCAAAGUCUAUCCCUGGCAGCUGUUGGAGGUGCUGAAGAAGGUAAACUUCAGUCUAAAUGGAAGUCAUUUUGAGUUUGACAGUAAUGGAAACCCAAACAUUGGCUACAACGUACUACAGUGGGUCUGGGGAAACAACAGUCUGAGUUUCAAAGAUGUCGGCACUUUCUAUGAGAACCUGUCAAUUAACAACACCCUCAUCCAAUGGCAUACAGGCAGUACUAAGGCCCCUGAGUCUACCUGUUCCUCUGAAUGUGGCCCUGGCCAGGUGCACAGAGUGAAAGGCUUCCAUUCCUGCUGCUAUGACUGUAUUGAAUGUUUACCGGGCACCUUCCAGAAUGGCACAAUGGACAUCCAGUGUACCCAGUGUCUAGAGGGCCAGUGGUCCCUGGUACGUAGCACCAACUGCACCGAACCUACCUUUGACUUCCUUACCUGGAGCCAGCCUGAGUCCCUGGUGUUGCUGCUGGCCAUACUGGUGCUGCUGGCCUGUCAGGGAGCUGUGGGGUUCCUGCUCCUGCAGCACCGGGGGUCUCCACUGGUGAGGGCCUCUGGGGGGCCCCUGGGUGGUGUGGCCCUGCUCAGCCUGAUGGGGGGCUGUGCCUGCCUGCUGCUGUUCCUGGGCCAGCCGGGGGAGGUGGUGUGUCGUCUGCAGCUUCCCCUCAACUCCAUUUUCCACACGGUCACCCUGUCCACCAUCCUAGCCAACUCACUGCAGAUUGUGUAUGUGACAGAGUUCCCUGGGAAAGUUCAUUUUCAUCUGGAUACACUAAGAGGCCCUGGAGGCUGGCUGCUGGUAUUGGCCUGCUGUGGUGUGCAGGCAGGGAUCUGUGGCUACUAUGUCCAGGAAGGGCCCUCUCUAUCCCAGUACCUGGCCAAGAUGAAGGUGACCUUUGUGAGGAAGUUCCUGCGAUGCCCUGUGGAGCCCAUUUUAGGUCUGGGCCUGAUGCAGGGCUUCAAUGGCCUCCUGGCCCUCAUAUCCUUCAUGUGCACCUUCAUGGCUGUGAAGACCGUUCGACAGUACAACCUGGCCAGAGAUAUCACCUUCUCCACCCUGACCUACUGUGUGGUUUGGGUGGUCUUUAUCCCCAUCUACACCGGUCUGAAUGACAAGGAUCGCUCCAUCAUUCAUGUAUCUGUCAGUUUGCUCAGUAACAUGGGGCUGAUGGUGGCCUACUAUCUGCCAAAAUGUCACCUGCUGCUGAAGAAACCUGAGCUCAACACAGCAGAGCACUUCCGUACCUUCCUCGAGGGGGCUGAAGCAACUCCUCAGGAGGAACAUGACCAGGGACCUGGAGGGGCGGGACAGGGAUCUGCAGGGGGGGAACAGGGAUCUGCAGGGGGGGGACAGGGAUCUGCAGGGGAGGGACAGGGAUCUGCAGGGAAGGGACAGGGACAGGACCUGGGACGGUGAACUUUAUUCUGUUUAAUGUUUCAAUAAUGUAUUCAGUUUAGUUUGUUAUACAUUUCAUGUGCAUGUAGACUAGUUUGAUUGAAUGAUUGCAAUUAUAUGUCUCUGCUGAAAUUGUGAAACAAUGCAUUAUAAAGACUUGACAAUUGA